AUAGCGGGAGAGAAGCAAAGUGAGCUUCAUCACAUCAAGAAAAAAAAAAAAAAAAAAAAGACAAAACAUACAUCAUAUUACACGAUGAUGAUAGAGCACAAAGCCAACAUGGCAAUGGUGUUUGUACAGAUUGUAUAUGCAGGAAUGCCAUUGCUCUCUAAAGUGGCUAUCUCUCAAGGAACCAACCCUUUUGUCUUUGUUUUCUAUAGACAAGCCUUCGCGGCUCUUGCCUUAUCGCCUUUCGCAUUCUUCCUUGAAAGCUCCAAGUCCUCUCCUCUAUCGUUUGUCUUGUUGCUCAAAAUAUUCUUUAUCUCCUUAUGCGGACUCACGUUGAGUCUUAACCUCUACUACGUGGCCAUCGAGAACACCACCGCCACUUUCGCGGCAGCCACCACCAACGCCAUCCCCUCUAUCACCUUCGUCUUGGCUCUCCUAUUCAGAUUAGAGACGGUGACCUUGAAGAAGUCACACGGAGUGGCCAAAGUCAUUGGUUCAAUGGUUGGAAUGUUGGGCGCAUUAGUGUUUGCUUUUGUAAAAGGGCCAAGUUUGAUAAACCACAAUAACAGCAGCACCAUCCCAAACGGCACCGUUCCAUCAACCAAAAAUUCUGUAAAAGGUUCAAUCACAAUGCUCGCUGCCAAUACUUGCUGGUGUUUGUGGAUUAUCAUGCAGAGCAAGGUGAUGAAGGAAUACCCAGCGAAGUUGCGAUUGGUAACAGUACAAUGCUUCUUUAGUUGCAUACAAACCGCAGUUUGGGCAGUCGCGGUGAACAGAAGUCCAUCAGUUUGGAAGAUCGAAUUCGGCUUACCUCUUCUCUCAAUGGCUUAUUGUGGAAUUAUGGUGACUGGCCUCACAUAUUGGUUACAAGUAUGGGCAAUAGAGAAGAAAGGGCCAGUAUUCACUGCACUCUACACUCCUUUAGCUCUCAUCCUUACUUGCAUUGUCUCAUCUUUCCUUUUCAAGGAAACACUUUACCUUGGAAGUGUGGGUGGGGCAGUGUUGUUGGUGUGUGGACUAUACCUUGGUCUAUGGGGUAAAACUAAAGAAGAGGAAGUGCAAAGAUAUGGUGAAAAGAAAAGCCAAAAAGAGAUUAUAGAAGAAGUUAUCAUCGUCUAGGAUUGCAUCUCAAAAGGCAUCACUAGUCACAAAACUUUUAUCUUGGCUACACCCAUAUUCCACGUCGUUUUUCCCUUUAUUGUCGCUGCUAUAAUAUGAAUAAUGUCUAGAUUCAUGUAAUGUAGAUAUAAAUGUGGAGUUUUCUAUUACUCAACGUAAUGUUUUAUUGAUUAAUAAUGAGGUAACCUAUUGGGUAUA